AUUUCAUCUGUAGCCGAGUUUGAUAAACUUAUUGAGAGCAACAAGCUUACUGUUGUAGAUUUUUUUGCAGAAUGGUGUGGUCCAUGCAAGAUGGUUGCACCUCGAUUUGAAGCCUUGGCAAAAAAGACACCCAAUGUGCAGUUUCUCAAGGUCGAUGUUGAUCAACUGCAGGCUAUCUCAAGCAAGCAUGGUGUACGAGCAAUGCCAACAUUCCAGUUUUUCAAAAAGGGCAGCAAAGUGAACGAGGUCGUUGGCGCAGAUAUUAACAAGGUGGAACAGCUUGUAAAG